AUGAAGGCUGGUGAUGGUGUUUUGAAUGUCACAUCCACGGCACUGGUGUUACUGAAUAUGAGGAAUUUGCGAGAUUACAAGCCAGUGAGAGACAUGGUCCAACCUAAUUCCAAGUCACUGUGGGGAAACCAUUUUGCAUUCUUGCAUGUGCCGAUAUUGAAAGUGAAACCGAGCGAUUCUCAGUUCUCUAAUCCUUUGAAGUUUGUCCACAAAGCUCAUGAGGUGAUCAAGAGGAAACGGAGCUCCUUUGGUGUAGUCCUCACAGGGAAGCUACUUGAGAUCAUGAUGAAAUGUAGAGAUGCAGAGGCAGUAGCAAAGCACAUCAGCAGGACAUCGAGAAACUCGAGCAUGGGCAUCUCCAACGUUAUGGGGCCAAUGGAGAAAUUGUCUCUAGGUAAUCAUCCUGUUAAAGGCUUGUACUUCAGAGUCGCCGGCACACCUGAGGUAUAUUUCUAGUUAUCAUUAAUUUUGAUUUCAACCCAAGAGCAUAAAAUUACCAAUGCUUGAUUGGUGGGU